UAGCCGCAUUAGCUCCCUCGCUGUCCUCAAAUGACUCCUCCUCCUCCUCCUCCUCUUCCUCGGCUGUCUGCUGUGUCUCUGUCUCCCCCUCCCCCUCCUCACCCCCCUCUUGUGACACACCAGACGAUGCGUUGACUGAGCGGAGGAGAAGAAGAAGAAAACCUCUCCCAGCCAGCGUCCUGCCUGCUGCAUGGAGGAGAAGCCAAGGAGGAAGAGGAGCAGAGAGGAGGUGAACCAGAAGCUGUGACACUGCUGAGAACCUCUGUUCCUCUCCACGUUCUAGCUGUUUCCCUGUGCAGAGUUGACCCUAAUUGUGAUGAUCUACAGCCUUCUCCCUAUUGCGCUCUGACUCCUCGCACCUGACCACCUCCUCCCCCCUCUGCCCUGACCUCUGACCUCACUACCUCUUCCACAGCAGCGUUAUGGAUCUGAAACAUUUUGGAGGAGAUAUCUGCAGAAUGCCUGACACUUAAACACUCACCUCUUCCUCUGUCAGUCUAACUCUGGCUGGUCAGCACCACCUCCUCUCUGCCGGCUAGUCCAAACCCUCAGUUACUUCCUGCCCUGUCUUCCUCUGCGCCUCCAGCCUCCACCAUGUCGGAGGGGCUGCUGCAGGUGGAGAUCCCGGACUUUGGCAGCAGUGUGUUGGGCAGCUUGAACGAGCAGCGGCUGCUCGGUCACUACUGCGAUGUCUCCAUCCUUGUGCAGGGUCAGGCCUUCAAGGCCCACCGGGCCGUCCUUGCUGCCUCUUCCCUCUACUUCAGAGACCUGUUCAGCUCUGCGGCUGACUCCUCCUCAUCCUCUUCCUCGUCCACCUCCUCCUCCUCCCAGGCUGUGUUUGAGCUGCCAUCGUCUGUGACGCCAACAUGUUUCCAGCAGAUUCUGUCAUUCUGCUACACAGGACGCCUCAGCAUGGCUGCCAGUGAGCAGCUGGUACUCAUGUACACCGCUGGGUACCUUCAGAUCCAGAACAUCGUGGAGCGAGGCAUGGAGCUGAUGAUGAUGAAGGCCUCCUCCUCCUCCUCACCUCUCUGCUGUGACUCACAGACAACUUCAGCAGACGAGCUUGGGGGUUUUGAUGCCGUGAUGGUCCAGCAGCAGCAGCAAGGCGCCCCCCAGCUACAGGAGGCUAGUCCGGACCAGCCGACUCUGAGCCCCGAGGAGCUGCUGCUAGCUGUUAGCAGGAUCAAACAGGAGAGGGCCGACACGCCUCCCGCUGAGGAGAAUGGAGGAGCAGCAGCAGGAGAAGGAGGAGGAGAGGAGCCCAGAGUGGAUGUUGCCGGAGACCUCCAGACCUCCAGGAGCAGUGCUCUGUGCUACCUGGGUGCAGGUGGAGGUUUGGUUCCAGGGCUGCAGUCCUACCUGCUGGGAGGUGGGGGGCGUUCCAGUCCAGGUGGAUCCAGCCUCCCUACGGACUCUCCUCCAUCUCACCCCCCCACUGAGGAAGAGCUGGAGGAGGAUUACUACAGCAGUGCUGUCCACCCUGGACUCUACCAGCACAUCUACGGACAUCCUGGAAGCCACUACAGUAAGCUGCAUCAUGUCCAAGAGAAGAUGGAGAUGUUGCCCCUCCCACUGACUAAUGAACGUCGGCCCUGUGUUCUGGUUGGUCGAGACAACAUGGCUUUACCUGCCAGUCUGAUCAGUCAGAUCGGGUACCGCUGCCACCCGUCGCUCUACACUGAGGGUGACCCGGGGGAGAAGGUGGAGCUAGUGGCAGGUUCAGGUGUGUUCAUGACACGAGGCCAGCUGAUGAACUGUCACCUGUGUGCCGGAGUAAAACACAAGGUGCUGCUCAGAAGACUGCUGGCUACGUUCUUCGACAGAAACACUCUGGCCAAUAGCUGUGGGACAGGGAUCCGCUCCUCCACCAAUGAUCCAAGCCGAAAGCCUUUGGACAACCGGGUGCUAAACACUGUCAAACUCUACUGUCAGAACUUUGCUCCUAACUUUAAGGAGAGUGAGAUGAACGUGAUCGCUGCUGACAUGUGCACCAACGCUCGCAGAGUCCGGAAACGUUGGCUCCCAAAGAUCCAGUCGCUUCUCCCUGAUGGUCUCCCUGCCUCCACGACCUCCCACCCCCGCAAGGCUAAGAGGGGAGGAGGAACCGGAGGAGGAGGAGGCCAGGGAGGAGAGGCAGCUGUGCAGCCCAGUGGCAGCCCCUUUGAGCUGGACCUGCGGCAGCUCAGUGCCUCCUACCUCGGCCUGGAGGCUUCGCUGUAUACAGAGAGGCGAGAGAGGGAGGCUGCGGGGGGAAGGGAGCGGGAGGAGGCGGCGCAGGCCGCCCUCCUGCCUCACCUGCAGUUUGCCGGGCCUCGUGGAGGAGGAGGAGGAGGAGGAGGCAGGGGGCAGUUGGAGGAGGGGCUGAUGGGAGGCGAGGCUGAUGAGGGAGGUAGGCUACAGACUGAACAACCCCAAGAUCUCCCCCUUUCCCUGUCCUCCUCCUCCUCUUCCUCUUCCUCCUCACACCCCUCCCCUCAGCCUGCAGAGCCCGCCCCUCCUCAUCGGGGAUUGGCUGACAGAGAAGAAAGGGGGGCGGAGCCUCUGGAAGACAGCCAAUAAGCUUUUUAUUGCAUCUGCCUACCUGUAUGUAAAUAACACAAUAGCUACCUGUCCCCCACCUGUCUGUCCUCCUGUCUACCUGUCUGUUGACUUGUCUCUACCUGUCUGUCCCCCACCUGACUGUUGAUUUGUCUCUACCUGUCUGUCUGUCCCCCACCUGUCUGUCCUCCUGUCUACCUGUCUGUUGACCUGUCUCUACCUGUCUGUCCUACUGUCUACCUGUCUGUCUGUCCCCCACCUGUCUUUUUCCCUACCUCACUAUUUGUCCACCUGCCUACCUCUUUGCCCCCAGUCUGUCGACUCCCGUAACUGUCUGUCUACCUACCCGUCUUCCUGUCUACCUGUCUGUCUGCUCGGCUCUGCUGCAUGUUAACAGCCUCUUGCAGUCCAGCACACAGGCCCAUAGCAACAGGACUGAUGAUGAUGAUGAUGAUAUUAAUAUUCACUCUGAUAAUGACAAUAAAGGUUCUUGAUAAUCAGAUCACAGCUGUUUCUGUUUGAUCUGAACUCAAACAAAAAACUUUAUCCAUCUCAUCAAAUCCACGAUCACGGGCAGGUUAUAGGUCUCCUCCCUCCUACAUGAGACCCCCAGACAGACGCAGUCACAUCAUUUCUAAUCAUUGUGUGUCUCUUUGUGGUCUCUUUGGUCGUUGUAUUGUCAUUUUUUUCCUCUUUGUUUUAAUUUUGUG